AUGGGUGUCGUGAAGACCGCAUCCGAGAGCAUCCUCGAGGAAACUGUGCUUCCCAGCGAGGAGGCCAACUAUUCUGUGCAAGGACAUACCGAAGAAUGGACGGAAACGUUCUCGUAUCAGUUGCUGGUCGGGACUGGAGUAGCGUUGAUGGUUUUAUUAUUACUCGCCGCUGUGAGCUUCCAAUGUUCGUCCACUUGGCGAUGGGUUAUGUGGGUGAGAUGGUACAUGAAGGAGGAGGAUGGUGAGAACGACCUAUCGCAGCAGAACGCUAUACGUAUCAGCCAUUCCCUGCCGGAUCUUCAGUCUGAACCGAUCACUCACGAAUACGUCCAAGAGCAAAAGGAUAAUAAGAAGGUGCUACGCCAGACAACUUUGCCCAUUGUCCCGAUGAGACACCAGAGUUUCCAAAGGCAGCUCUCACAUCGACUCGACCUGCCGAACAUCAAGUUCAGCAUCUGCAACCUGGAAAAUCGCAGCGAUUCCAGCCUGGGAUUAAUCAAGCCGGAACUCUACAAGAAGGAGCUCCAGAGGCAGGAGAGCGCGGAGAGCUCGAGCACCACCGAGAUGGAGUACGCCGGAAAGCUGCACUUCGCUCUUCGCUACGACAAAGAGAGCGAGGGACUGGUCGUUAAAGUCUUGGAAGCUCGAGAACUACCAGUGAAAGACGUGACAGGCAGCAGCGAUCCCUACGUAAAAAUAUAUCUCCUACCGGACAGGAAGAAGAAGUACCAGACGAAAGUACACCGGAAAAAUUUGAAUCCAGUAUUCAACGAGACAUUCAUCUUCAGUGUAUCGUACGAUGAACUACGGGAACGAUAUCUCCAAUUCUCGGUUUACGAUUUCGACCGAUUCUCAAGACACGAUUUGAUCGGACAAGUGGUACUCAAAGGAUUGUUAGAGUUCACCGAUCUCUCUCAGGAAAUUAAAUAUAUGAUGGACAUCAUGUGCGCUAUGCAGGACAAAGUCGAUCUAGGAGAGUUAAUGCUGUCGCUCUGCUACCUUCCGACCGCCGGUCGACUAACAGUGACCGUCAUCAAGGGUAGGAACCUGAAAGCCAUGGACAUAACAGGAACAUCCGAUCCUUACGUGAAGGUGUACCUACUCUGCCAAGGCAAAAGGAUAAAGAAGAAGAAGACUUCGGUUAAGAAGAACACGGUGUUCCCUUUGUACAACGAGGCUCUAGUGUUUGAUGUGCCCGAGGAGAAUAUCGAGGAUGUCAGUCUUAUAGUUAAAGUAAUCGAUUACGACAGGAUUGGCUCGAACGAAUUAAUGGGCUGCACGGCGAUUGGCUCCAGUUUUAUUGGUAUCGGACGUGAUCAUUGGUUGGAGAUGUUGGAUAACCCGAGGCAACCGGUGGCGCAAUGGUAUCCCUUGCUGGAGACUAUUGCUGGACACAUUCCGUCUGAGAAUUCGGAACCGCUAGCGAUGAGUCUGAGCUGCUUAAAUAAGAGAUGAAGACAGCGUGACCGAAAUAAGGUUUGCGGGAAGUCGCGAUUUUUGUCAGACGUCGGCUGGGCGUUGUUUCCUUCUGUCGUCAUUUAAUGCACACCGCUUGACUGACUUAAAUACUGUUUCUAUCUCAAACGGCUCCGAAGGAACAAGUAAACAAAAAAAAAUAUUACAAAAAAGACACACACACACGCACACACACAAUCAUAACAACAAACUCUGUGCUUUGGAAUAUAAUCAUGUGGCGAGCGUGGAAUAGUAAACGGACAGGUAGAUCAUAUUAGAAUGUUUGUAAAAGCGUAGAGUAUGAUAGAGACAAGAAGCUAUGACGGCCGAGAUUGCUCAAACUAUAACCCGAUGAUCGAGUGUUUAAGAGAAGAAAGAGAAUAUACUAAAUAAUAAAGAAAUUAGAGAUGAGAGAAUGAGAGAGAAUGAUAAAGAUAGAAUAGUUUUAUUUUUCGACGACGAAUCCAGGCUGGCCCUGUAUUCAACCGUACACAUGAAUAUGGACCCGUUUGCCGUCUGUACUUACACUUUAUGAGCGCGAAAGAAAGAGAGAGA